CUAGAUCUUUAUAAAUAAUCUAAAUCAAUAUAAUUCCAUUCUUUUUUAGCUCAUUGAAUAUAUAAGAUCUAGUAAUACAGACUACUGACAACUGACCAGUUUGGACUUGAGAAGAUCUAAUCAUGUGCCAGUAGUGGAGAUCUAAAAUUAAAUUUUCAAAAAUAUAUAUAGAAUAUCAUCAUUUGUGCCAGUCAGAACUGAAAGGAGUGCCAUGAUAAAUAUGCUGUUUAGAAGCUGGCAUCAAUCUUCAUGUUUAUUUCACCAGCUGCGGUGUCUUUCAAGAGCGCCUAGUGUUGCUUGUCAUCUGAAGAACGCUUGUUAUAAUGUUUCACUUUCUAAGCAAAGUAACAAGUUGUCAGUCUUGUUUCGAAAUGUUUCAAACACGUCUAAAAAUUUCAAAGACUAUAACUUUGACCCCAAACAGGCAACGAGAAGGAGAACUCUACUUUUAUUCACCUAUUUGUCGGGGUUCAUUGGAGCCAUGUUGCUAACAGCAAUAGGCUUGCGGCAUUAUGCUAGAAUGGCCAGGAGAGCACAGGGAAUUGAAGAUAUCAAGCUAAGACAAUAUGGUAGAAAGCCACAGUUAUUUAGAUAUAGGGGCUAUGUCUUUCCAGAUUUUGUUGUAAAUGAUAUUAAAAACAAUCUUCAUUUUGAAGUCCGAGAGGAUGAUGUCUGGGUGGUCAGCUUUCCAAAAUCAGGAACUACGUGGCUACAGGAAAUAGUUUAUUUAAUAAACAAUGGUGUGGACAUUGAGGAUGCGGCUCAGACCAACAUUGAGGAAAGGUUUCCUUACUUUGAGUGGAUUGUUCCAGGCAAACAAGUUCUAAAUAAGAUGGAGUCCCCCCGACUUAUUAAAACACAUUUACCACUUUCCAUGUUGCCGAACCAGAUGAAAAGCAAGAAACCUAAGAUUAUCUACAUAGCUAGAAAUCCCAAGGAUACAGUAGUAUCAUAUUAUUUCUUUUUGACAAAGUUUGUCAUUGAUGAUCAGUCAUUUGUUGGCACAUUUGAUGAUUACUGCCAGCUGUUUGUUGAAGGUUUAGUUCACUAUGGCCCCUGGUGGAAGCAUGUGAAGGAAGCUUGGGACAGGAAGGAUGAAGACAACAUCUUGGUACUGUUCUAUGAAGACUUACAAGAAGAUGUUCAUAGAGUGGUGAGAGAUAUUGCCAACUUUCUCAACAAGCCUCUGACAGAGACUCAGGUUGAAGCCAUUGCUAGACACUGCAGUUUUGACACCAUGAAGAACAACAAGGCGGCUAACUACGACUGGUUGAAGGAUGUUGGUAUGGCCAAACAGGAAGAGUCGUUUCUAAGAAAAGGUCAAGUGGGUGACUGGAGAAAUCAUUUGAAGCCAGAGAUUUCUGAUCAAUUAGAUGAAAUGGUAGCAAGCCACCUUGAAGGAGUUCCUAUCAGAGACACGUUAACAUCUGAGGACUCUACUAGCUGAGACGUUUGAUUGCUUUGGUGUGUACAGUUAAUCUAUCCAACAGAUCUUGACUUGAGACUACUGUAUCAAGGAACCAACUCAGUGACUGCUGUUUGUAUGACGCGUAGGACGUAAUCAUCAUCUUUUUUGAAGUAACGUCUGUAUUAUAUAAGAUAAGAUAAGAAAAUCAUAUUUAAAUAACUUCACAAAAUGAAGAACAAAAAGAAGUAAAGGCCAAUUUGUUUGACAAGGUGAAAGGAUCUUAGCAGAAUAAGUUUCAUAGGGGAAUACUCCAAGAGUUUAUUUAUAUUUUUCAACACUUGACUAUUGAUUGAUCUGCACUUUUACGGGUAGUUUAGUGGGCCUGCCUAACAACCAGUUGUUUGGUUGGUGAUGAUUUCAUUGCUAAUAAAAUUGAAUCCAUACCUAAAGAGAAGUCAUUGCCUAUGUUAACCUUAGCAACCUAUGUUUUUAGUUGGAUGUGAUUCUACUUGUUUUAUUAUUUUGUAAGAUUGAUGUACUAGAUUAAACUCAUUACAAAAAAAUAUUUAAAAAAUGAAG